UUUGGCACACCUGGAGAGGGACUGGCACCAGUAAAAAAAAAACAAAAAAAAAAAAACAGACCACUGCUGGCUCCACUUCAUGUCAGUCUAGUCCAAGUAAUCAGCCUCACAGAUAAUGACGAUGCUUCGUGGAGAUUGUAAGUUUACAUGGUCUGAUUUACAUCACGCGCGAUGAAUGUCACAUGGGGUUUGCUGACGGUUCUGGGUCUGGUGUGCCACACCGAGUCGAGGUGCUCACCGACUUCUUACUACAAGAACUGCUGGAUCAGACGCUUUCCGGGGAUUUUUAUUAACAUCGAGGAGUCUCAGAGGAGAGGAGCUCAGCUUUUACAGUCGUACCAGGAGGAGACCGCGCUCAAAUGCAGCCGCACCUGCUGCCUUACGAGAAACUUUUCCUGUAAUCUGGCAAUUUUUCACUUCGAAACCUCUCAAGAAAACGUGAACUGCUUCCACCUGCACUGUCCAACCCUGGAGAGCUGCAUCCUCAGCCACAGAGGAAACGUUGUUCUCUACAACAUCACGAACGGUGUGGAUCCUGACCUGUUGGUGUUUGGAAAAUACUUCACCUCAAAUGUUCGAGUGUUACCCCACCACUACAGUCGAGUGAACGCCUCAGAGCCGCUGUCUUCGGACAAAAGACAGUUCAAUCAUCCACCUCCACCCGCUGCAGUGCCCCCGACUGCUGCUACUACUGCUAAACUCCCAACAAGCAGAGUGUUUACGACUACCACUGCCAAAUCCACCAAAUCCAUUAUCGCCACCACUUUGCAGAGAACAAGUCAGCCGUCUACAGUUCCUACAACUGCACCUGCUUUACUUUCAACUCCAGAGACUCUGCUACCUGCAGGAAAUGAUGUGCAAACAACGACCCCGACCAUCUCCAUCUCAUCCUCUGCCCCCAGCUUUACUACUUCUCCUUCAUCUACCUCAGCAACCACCCGCAGCCGUCACAUCCCCAAAACCACUCCUGCCUUUUUCACCACAACGUCACAGCCCUCCACCGUGUCACCUACGCUUCACCGCAGCACCACUGUCUCACAGAAGCCCACCACAGCUCAAAUGGGAAACAUAGAGAGCAGCAAGCAAAACCCCAACGACACCAAGGGCAGCCUGGGGAGGAACCACACUGCAGGCAGUGAGGGCGGGCAGGGUGUUAGUGGAGGAGACACUUUAGAGGGUUUGGGACCAGGCUGGCAUGUAGCGACGCACACCCUGCUGGUUGCAGUUGUUGUCUGCAUCACAGUGCUGCUGAGCUGCUGCUGCUCCUUUCUGCUGGUGGUGAGCUGGAGGGGUCAGAGGAAGAGGAUGGGAAGAUAUCGGACGUCAUGGAGAGGGAAAAGAGGCUCCAUGCGUCUGAUAAAGUAUGUGCUGGUCAGAGAAAACACCUGAAGGUGAAACAAAACGAUGGCGCAGAGAUUUAUUUUUCACGUUCACAGUGUUUUAAAGAAUGCAUCCUGGAUUAGCUGGUAUUUAAUAUACAUUAUUUUUUGUCUACUUUUAAUUAACGGCAAGGACAUAUCUUUAAAUUGCUUUAGGCUAACAGAUAGCAAUGGCGCUAUUUUACAAUCUUGGAAAACAUCUGCAAUCAUCUGAUGACGCUCUGGGAGCUUUUGACUUUUAUUUUGGGCUUGCAGUGCAGCUUGUUGUUAGCUUGGAAGGACUUUGUUUACAUUGUUU